GAUUUUGUGAGAGGCGUUGCCGCAUAUCUAGACUUUUUAUCCUUGUACCCAAGCUGGACUUCAUACAUACGCAUUUACUGCCAUACUGUAACCACCUUGGUGAACAACUGUAAUUUUCAAUAUGGCCAACUACAUCCAUGUACCCGACGAGGCUCCCGCCGUACCCAAAAUAGAUGUAACAUUAGACGAAAACGAUUAUAGGUCUGGCGCAUUGAGACUCGUCAAAGAACUGAGACCGAAUUGGAAACCAUCUGAGGUCAAGAUGAAGUUUUUCACAGAUGGGAUAACCAAUAAGCUGCUAGGUUGUUACGUUGGGGCGAUCAUGAAGGACGUGGUUCUGGUUCGUAUCUACGGUAACAAGACAGAGCUGUUUGUGGACCGGGAAAACGAGGUGAAGAGUUUCCGGGUGCUGCACGAGAACCGCUGCGCUCCACACCUCUACUGCACCUUCAACAACGGCCUUUGCUACGAGUUUCUCCAAGGCACUGCACUAGAGCCAGAACACAUUCGCAGCAUGCCCAUGUUCAGGCUCAUCGCCAGGCAGCUGGCUAAGUACCACGCCAUCCAUGCUCACAAUGGCUGGGUGCCCCAGUCCGACCUGUGGCUGAAGAUGGGCAAGUACUUCGCCCUGGUGCCCAAGUACUUCCAGGACCCUGAAAUGAACCUGAGGCUGAGUGUGGAGGUGCCCAGCUCCAGGUGUCUGAGGCAGGAGAUGGUGGAGCUGCAGCAGAGCCUGUCCAUGCUGGGUUCCCCCGUGGUGCUCUGCCACAACGACCUGCUGUGUAAGAACAUCAUCUUCAACCAGGACGGAGGCAGUGUAAAGUUCAUUGACUACGAGUACGCAGGGUACAAUUACCAAGCCUACGACAUUGGGAACCACUUCAAUGAGUUUGCAGGUCUGAACGAGGUGGACUAUAGUCAUUACCCGGGGCGCAGCCUGCAGCUGGAGUGGCUGCGGUCCUACCUGGAGGCCUAUAAGGAACACAAGGGUCAGGGCAGCCAGGUGACGGACAGAGAGGUGGAGGUGCUCUACGUACAGGUCAAUCGCUUUUCACUGGCAUCUCAUUUCUUUUGGGGGCUCUGGGCUCUGAUUCAGGCCAAGUUCUCAACCAUUGACUUUGACUUCAUGGGAUAUGCAGUCCUUCGCUUCAACCAGUACUUUAAGAUGAAGCCAGAGGUGGCUGCUCUAAAAUUCCCAGAAUAAAAGUCCUACUUCCUGCCCGGUCCUCAUAUGUUAACUGUAGAGCUCCCCCUAGGGGCCAGAAAGAUGAGCCAGAGAACCUGUGCAGACCAAUCUAUCACCUCCUAGACCCUGACUACACUCCUGGCCAGGCAAGGAAACCCCUUGACCCUACCCCAACCCUCGCCCCCAGGCCUUUCCUAAUUAACACUUUAACUGUGUUCACCCACCUGAGACUGAAUUAGAGACCAGACACUAUCAAACAUACAGCUUUCAACCAGGACAGAUCCAUCCAGACCUUUUUAAGUAGUUUUCUAGUCACAGAAUGACCAGAUAUAGUAUGCAAUGAUAGCAGCCAACACUAUGGCUUGUUUGUGUAAAACAAGCAGGCAGGGCACAUGACCAUUGAUAAUAAGGUUAGUCUAGUGUAAUGUUAGCCCAGUGUUGUGUUCCCAGCCUAUAGCCAUAGGACAAACAUGGACCAAUUCAGCUGUGUAACGAAUCAAGUAUCUCUUGUCAAAAAGGAAUGUUUUAGAGAAAGAGAACCUCUAGUGUUCUGGAAUUGUAAUAGAUAAGGAGGCUCGAUUAGGUUCAAGGAUCUUGUUUUUUUAUGUUUUAGGCUAUUGGUUUUAUGUUCUAGGUUCUAUGCUUGAGGCUCCAUAUGAGGUUUGAUGCUCCAGGUUCCUGACUGAUGGGUUACACCAAGGAGUUUAUGUAGGUUUACGUCCCUUCCAAGGCAGCACUUCUCCCUAAUAUGGGUCAGUCACUGGGUGGAAUGUCUCAGUAUCAGCACCACACCUCAGGGUGCUGUGAAGCCUUCAGUGGGGCCACUGUCAUGCCUCCCCCUCCACUGCUACAUAGACCCAGUCAGAUCAGGCACUGAAGCACAGAUCUGAAGUUCUUAUCCUUCACCGAGAGGGCUUGCAGUCCAGGUUAAGAUUGGGUUCAUUCGGGGACUGCGUAUGACACCGUAUCAGUCGAAUUAGAGGACCAACAAACACUAUUUUCUCUGACGAGUGUGACUGUAGACAUCGUAGCAAGUCUCUAACUGGUACACUCAAAGGCUUGUCUCCUUCUAUUUGUUUGUUUUUACAACAGUGCUUGGUUGAAGACGUUCUUUACCAGAGGAACGUUCAUCUACUUGGUUAACAAACCAACACCAAAGUGCUGAAAUGUUUUUGCUGUAUAUAAUGCACGUGUAUUUUUCCACUUAGACACGCGGAAGAAAGAAAUUAUGUAUGAUAUUAACUUUUUAAAAGUGGCUAGUUUUUAUACCUAUUUAAGCGUCUGGAAGGUCUUGGACAGUGAUGUGUGUCAGCCUCAGCCAGGGCUGACACCGUGGUGUGUACCACGACAUCACUUCCUGUAUGAACAGACCUUCCACUUGGACUGUUCACACCCUCACUGUCCCAGCCCUACAGCCACGCUGUCUGUCCUGCCUGUCUGUUAGUCUGUCCCAGCCCUACAGCCACGCUGUCUGUCCUGCCUGUCUGUCCACAGGGACUCAGACACGACGUAAGUCCAGGCAUCUGUGUGUUUCCCACAUGCCUGGGUUUAGGCCUUUUUGUUUUUCGCUUGCCUUUAUUCUGGUGUGAUUUCAUUAGGGCGGCGGCGUGUCUGUCAGUGUCGGUCUCUGUUGUACAUAUUCUGACAAACGCUAAAAGGUCCAACGGUCCUGGUCUGGAAUGCAGGGCUGUGUGCUCGGUCUAAGCUACAGUUUGGUGUGCGUUCCCUCACUUCCUGUCGUCUUAGGACGGAGAUGUUCAUGUGUGGUCAUACCAUGUUUUCAUAACUCCUCAGUGUUUACAAGGUCCCAUCCUGUCAGAAUGUACGCCUGCACAGAGAGACUUAACUCUAGGUAUACGAUAAUGUUUCAGUCGGAAGCCACAGACGGAUGAUGAAACAGCUGUCCUCUCACUCCUGCCUGAUUCAUCCACUCCUUUUUGUUUUUUUGUGUUUUUUUUCAAGUACAUUUAAAUGUGAACGUCAGAGAGAGUGUGUAAAAAAACAAAACACCCAUAAUACAAUGUUUCUUGUGCACUUGUUUAACAUUGUAAAGAAACGCAUAAUGCUGAUGUCUGCUCUGGCGACUGUAGAAUAUGUGUAUAUGUACAUUUAAAAAUGUAAUUAAUAUCUUUUGCUCGAACGUUGUCAAAUGUGAAUGAAUGUACAUAUAGGGAGAUCUGUUUUUUCUAAAUUUUGCUGUUGGGUAAGAAGUAACUCUGGGUAAACUGUGAAAUAAUGUAACAUUUAAAUACUGUAAACAAGUGCUUUGAAAAAAAGAUUAAAGUCUAUACCCUUG